AUGAGCUCUCUGGAAAAGCGUCACACGGGCCGACGUGGAAGCACACACGGCCAUCAUAAAUGCUCUGAUGGCUUCAGUGACACAUCGAGUGUGGGAAGCUUGAUGGAUGAGACAGACAGGGAGGUGAGCAACCUUACAGAUCGUGCCUUUAGAAGCCUCUGUAUUGGAGAGGAUGCUAUCUACAAUGACUUGGAGGUCUCUACUCCAACUGAAUGCCAAACAGCCUUUGUUCAAGAAGGCGAGCAAAAGAAAGAUCUAAAGCUAACACACCAGGAGAAUGCUUCUCAUGGUGUUCAGUAUUCAACAUUUCAGCAUUCCUGUCAGGAUGUAGCACAAGAGCAAGGACUUAGAGAUGAGAGCUUGGCUUAUGUCAGCAAUGGAUCUAUAGAGGCAACAUAUCAACAGAGGAGAAGCUCUUCCAGUGUUUCAUCCCUUAUUAAGGCCUUUAGUGAUAAUGGAGCUCCUGAUGUUCAACAAUCAAAGGACAAAUACAAAGAUGAUUCAUGGGACAAAUCAGCUUUGUUAAGUAUUCAAAGUGAACUGUCUGAGUUCUCCUCUGCGUACCAUCAUAACUUUAAGUCUUAUGGAAAUCAUUAUCAUCAAGAGUCAACUUCCCUUAUGACAUCAUCAAAAAUAAAGUUCAAGUCACUGAAUUACACAAACUUCUUUUGCCACAGUGAAUUCAGCCCUUUCCAGUUGUGGAAGGACUAUAACCGGUUCCCAUUUGAAAGGGAGCAAGCUUCAGGAUUCAUCUCAGCCAGUGACUUUCCCAGAUGGUACAAUUCUCCUCUCUACAAAGAACUGACAGCCUCUCACAGAAUUACUGCCUCACCAUUUGAAAGCCGGCAGCUUGACCACAGGCAAAUUGAGGAUAUUGCUUCAUCCCAGCACUCCAGGUUCACAGUAAUCCAAAAGGCCUCUGCCAUCGAGAAAAGAUGUGAGUCUGAGUUGGCUUCUAACUGUCCCCCAUGGAAAAGGAAUAAUAACUUAGUAAGAAACAAACUGCCAAGCAACAGGCCUUCUACUGUCUCACCAACCAAUGAGAAGGCACACAGGCCGGAUUCUAGUUUGCUUUAUUAUAGUAAGAAUACAUACGACAUCCAACAACAAGUGCGCAAAGUGAGCAGCAGUGAGAUCUCCAGUAGUUCCACCCCAUUCAAUAUCACUCAGCUUCUGACUCCUGUGAUUCAUAAAAGACAGGACACAGAAACGUCUGAAAUUCUGCAACUUGCACAUACACCUCUGGUUUCUGAUUAUUCUCCCCAGCGAGAAACGGACAGAAAAUCCCUGCCUGAUGUUAAACAACUGCGUGACAGCUACAAAUCCAAAGCACCAAGUCUGUUGUUCAACCUUAAAGACAACAGAAAACGUGUAAAGAGUACAUACAGUCCUCCAAAAUUUAAAGGUUUAGAGUUAUCAGAUAGGAACAGGCAGUCUUCAAAACUAGAAGAUCUUGCAGAUACUGCACUAUUUAAAGAGAACCAGCAGGAACAAUAUGCAGGCACAACAGAUGUUAUUACAGAGGAUGAACCUGUGAUCUUUAGCAUCUCCAUAUCAAGUUUAUCUGAUACUUCUCCAGACACAACAAAAGUUCAAUUAGAGGAAAAUAAGCAAGUUAGACAGGAAGGACAAACAAUUCAGAAAGAACUGAAAAAGAACGGUGAUGAGAGAGCACUUCACAAAAAUGUUGAGAACGAGAUAGUGCAAGUAAAGUGUAAGAAUGAUAAGCAGCUUUUACCAGGAAUCAAUCCUGAUGACACCAAUGAAAGGUCUACAGUAACUGGCAAUACUUUACACAACAAUCCACCUCAUUUCAACUCUAAAAUCUCUGUGACUGUUUCAGAAGAAACUAAAACCAAGGUCAGAGGUCAGGACAAAAGAGUACAAGAUGUACCGCUAAUCCAAAACAGUCAGAUAUCAAGUAAUCAAAGAAUUAACACAGCUGAUUCAAAACUGCAAUACAGAACACAAGAGGCAUGUGCAAGAGAUGCUGUUAAACCAGAGAAACCAAGCAAAGAUCCAAAUCUAACCAAAGAUAACAAUACUUCACAAAACAAUAGAACGGAUACCAUCUGCAAUAAGGAAUCUUUAGAACAGGAACAAGCCAAAUUAAUGAUAAGCAAAGAAACAAAACACAUCAGGAAUGAAGCUUCUACCCUUGCUUAUAAACAGAUCAAAGGGACUGUGGACUGUUCUGGUAAUGAGAAUGUGAUCACAAAUGUAUCUGUUGCUCAAAAUACUCACCAGGGAGUACUUCCAGUUUUAAAACUAGAUAAACACAUCCUCCAAAAUAAUUCUGUCAAUGUCCAGAAUAAAACAAUUAAUCCAAGAGCUACAGCUGAUCUGCCUAAAAAUGCAGAUAAAAAUGCAAUAUCAAUACCAAGCAAAACCAAAGAUAGCACACAAAGAUUAGAAAAUGAGAAAUGGAAAAGUGAAGAGAGUAAAAAUGAGAGAAAUGAAAUCAGUACAGUAAAUAAAGAGAAUGCACUGAGGGCAUUAUCCUUAAAUAAAACUGAGAAAGUUGCUGAAUGUGAAUUCACUAAAAGUGUUAACAGAAAAGAAACAAUAGCAAAGCCACAAGACGAAAACAAGCCCUGCUAUGACCAGCCCGCUAUGAUAAAUACUGACCAAGCUAGAAAAGACACUAGACAAAGAACUGAGGUUAGAGCUAAUAAAGAUGAACACAGUACUAAUAUUAAUGUAUACCAGUACCAUCCACUAAAAGGCUUUAUUCCAGAAAUUAAAGAAAAUAUACAUGAUAAAGUAACCUCUACGGGAUCUAAUCAUGAUACAGUGCUUAAAAAGCAAGAGGGUACCCUAAUUAAAACUAAAGAUACACAAAAUGAAAGAAAAGCAAUCAAGCCUGAGAUCUCAGCCUUAGCUGACUAUGCUAGACUGAAAGUUAUAUCAGCAGAAGCUGAUAGCAGUACUGAGAAGGACAUACUCCUAAAAAUGAACAGCAAUCACAAGUAUAAUCUCUCAGUGGGGGAACCACAGAAUCUACCCACAGAGCAAAUUAAAAAGACGACUGCAAAUAAAUAUGAGAGUGAAAGCGAAACAACAAUGCCUUUACAAGUCCAUGAAAGACAUAAUCAUACAUUUAAAAGAGACAAAAUUAAGGAGGGGUUGCUUGAGGGACACAAUGAGUGCCCACCCAGGGACAAGAUCAUCCCUCAUCCGAAAUCUAGAUCACUGGCCAAAACAUCGGAUGAUGGACAAUUUGCUGUUAGAAAUAGAGAUAUUUCCAGAGCAGGACAUGCUGAAUCAAACACUGCAACUCAUUCAAAUGAAAAAUGCUAUGGAGACCCAAAUAACCAUAAAACUAAUCCAACCCAGAAUACCCAUGUUGCUCAAAAUUCAGUACUACAGGUGGAGGUUAAGAGCAAGAAUGAUGCCUUACCAAAGUUAAAACAACCAGUUAACGUCAAAACCAUAGGAAAGGAUGUAAAUACAGAAUCUUCAUCUCAAAGCUCAAUGGACAGCAUACAUAAUAAUAAAAUCAAUAUACAAGAAGAUAGACGAGCACAUGUGCCACCAGAAACGAAGGAUGGAGAAACAACAGAAGAGCUUCAAUACUACAUUGUCAAUGCACUGGAAAAGGAGCCAAAACCAAAAGUUACACAUGAACCAGUUCCAUUAAGACAAAAAGUUGAUUCAAAGAAAGCACCGGAAAUUCCUGCUACAGGGCCACGAUCCAACACCUCCUCUCCAGCCAUGGGAAAGCCCAUCAUGUUCAAAGUAAAAGACAACACAAACAAAACAUCCUCGGUUACUAAAACUGUGAGGCCAAGGUUUCACAGAUCAUUUUCUCAAGAACUCAGAGUCUCUUCACCAAAUGAGGUUUGGUGUGGUGCAGAAAAGAACAGAUUUGAUCAGGAGCGUGAGCAUGAUCCAAAAAUAUCUGCUAACCAUUCAGUCUUGCAUGAGCCAUCAGUUGCGUUAUAUAGAGUCCCAAAAGCAAAGGAAAUCCAGUCCAGGAAUAAUCUGUUCUCACCAGGAGCCAAAGAACUAAAGAGCUACAACAAAAGGUCCCAAGUGGUUGAAGAUGACACUCGCUCAGUCAUCAGCACGAUGUCAGAAGAUGUGGAAAGUCGUGCUGCUAGUACAGUAAUUAUGGCAGAUGCUACAACUUCACAAGGUUUUGACAUUGAUAGAAGAAAUACAUAUGCAAGACCAGAGUCAUCUUGCUAUGAAAGACCUGAAUCAGUCUGCUAUGACAGACCUGAAUCAGCCUGCUAUGAAAGACCUGAAUCAGCUUGUAGUGACAUGAGAUCACUGAGCAAGCCACCUGUCGUUCCUCCCAAAACUGACAAGGCCCUCCGUCGUGCCCAAAAACUCACAACAAGGAGGAUUAAAAAAGCAGAGGUCAAGAUGGCAUCUGAUACCCGAGGACAAACUGAGACCACGCCCAUUCGAAAUGUGUCCAGCAUGCCAUCUUCACCUAUGGAGCACAUGGUAACACAUCAACCAGCACAGGCCUCCCCUCCAAUAUCCCACUACCAUGUUCAACCUAAUUAUGCAUCUCCAGCAUCUAGCCUUAUGGCUCAUUCUUUCCCAAUAACUCAAAGAAAGCUCUUACAAGAUCCAAACUCAGGGCAGUACUUCAUGGUGGACAUGCCAAUGCAGGUCAAGACAAAGACCUUUUUUGACCCCGAGACCGGUAAAUACUUACAGCUCAAUGUGCGGCAAAACCCCCAGAGUACUCAGUCAACCCCUGUGGAGGUCUUGGGUCACUCAUAUGUGGUGUACCCUGGUUUUCUGCCCAUGUCGGUUUCUGUGUCAUCUGUACCCUCUUUAAGGUCAUCAUCCCAAAUGUCAGCACCAGCCACAAUACAAGAGGAACAGAACAAGCUAGAAGCAGGCUGUGAACCAAAUGAACAGGAAAAUUACCAGACAGAAGACCACAGAAACGUUCAGCAGUACAAUGUGCCUAUGUAUGGGACACAUGAACAAAAAAUGCAUAGUGGAAAUAAUGUCAGACUGACUCCAAGGCGUACGCAUAUCAUAACAAUGAGUGAACUGGAGGAUUUCGCAGUCGAGAACACCUGACUAACGCAGGAUAGCUAGACCUUUGAAUACAGAGUUAUUCAGUGGUUAAUUAAAUGCACUUUUAUGCUGGGGGUAACUUUUAAGACUUGCUGUGAAACUGCAUUUUUAGGUGUGGUAUUUAUAUGAUUAAAUUAUAAUGGGGUCACUGGUUUUCAGCCACAAUGCUUUUUAUAUAUAUUUGGAAAUAAAAACAAUAUGUUGUCUCUGUGGUACCCCAAGUACUGUAAACAAGAGAGAAAUGUACAGGGAUGAUAGGUGAAAUGCAAUAAAUUAUCCAAAUUA